AUUACAAUCUUGCAAGAUUGGCCUAGUUCAAUAUAGGCUAGUUCAGAUKAUUCGAUUCUAAUCAGACAAAUGUAUAAAUAAAUACAGUGUCAAAUACAAAAAUGUUUGUCCUCUAGUUUAAAAUGUCAUGGCGACAUGACUUUUGCUUGUUGUGUCUACUACCCCACAUUCCGCGCGGGGCGUGGGUCCGUUUCAGAUGCGCACGGCACGGGUACAGUUCCAAAUGCAAAGAGCGCUCACAGCUUCUGACCAACGACAGCUCUACGCCGCUCACCGCGUCGCAGGACUGUCAAGUGAAAAUGGGUCUCGAAAAGGUGAAUUACGAAACGAGUAUUAUCAUGGACGAGGACGAGUUCAACAGAUCAAUCGAACCGAUUCUGUCGAAAAAUGACAAAGUAUAUUCGGCGAUUCCAGACCGAGAUCCCAAUGACYUAAACGCGCACUUAAAGGUUGGUUUUGACGAUGUGAUAGCAGAGCCCAGUUCGAGCCACAGCUUCGACAAAGUAUGGAUAGGAAGUCACGCUGUCUUCGAACUGGUCAAAUAUGGCUUCUACCUAAUAUUGACCACCAUCCUUGCUGUGCCCAUGGCGUUUAUCCUUGGUAUUGUCUUCGGGGUCUUCAGCUGUGUUCAUAUUUGGGUGCUGAUGCCGGCGGUGCGGAGCUGUCUGAUGGCGCUGCCCUCUGUCCAGGUGGUCUGGAGCAGCCUGACAGACAUGCUCGUCACCCCCGUCUUCCACAGUAUGGGCCGGUGUCUGUCAUCAGUUCACGUCAAGACCACAGACAGCUGAUAGGGGCUUUUCUUCCCUGUCAUGAAGACGCACAGAGGGGGGAAAACAGGGGUCAGAUGAGAGAGACAUAAAAAGGAUUUAUUUAAGGCUAUAACUUUUUUGACAUAUGUCUAAGUGGAAAAAUAAGAUAUCCUUUACUCAUGUUUGUGUUGAAAUAUAUAAGCUCUUUAUAAAGCCAACAUCAACACUCCAUAAUAUCUGGUAGAAUUAUGAUAGGAUGAUUUAUAAGAAGGCUAACUGCUACCUGUAAAGUGAUGAUACGUUUAUAAGUGGUCAUAAAGGUUGAUUGGGGUAAACUUCCCUUAGACAACACCAUGACACCAUCUGGGUAAUAACAUGAUCCAACAUGAUCAUUUAUGUCAUCUGGAAUUUCACAAAAGAUMAAUAAUAAGGUUUGAUGUUGAUAGAAGUUCUUGUGUCAAGCUUUAUAAAGGGUUUUUAUGUAUACUGCCAAAAGGACCAUUUUGCAUUUGUGACCAAAACAAAUUAUUGUCAUUCCAUAGUUCUGAUUCUGAUUCUAAAGAACUGUUUUAAUCAUAUUCGAUCAGAUCAGGGCAACAUGGUUUUUGACGAUAAGGCAUCAUACCAUCCCUGACAGCAGACAUGUAAUAUUUGCGUAGUUUCUGCUUUUUAUGUGAUAUAUAUAUAGCAGAGAAUUCGGCUGGAAAUUGAAUGAAUGAAUUCCUUCAUAUGUUUUCUGUAAAAGAGUGUACAUAGAUCCAAGAUUCUGGGAUGCAACUUAUUGCAUACUUGUGCAGCCUUAUUUUGCUACUGCUGUGUUGAUCUCGCAGUGCUUUGGAUAUAUUUUUGGGCGUUAGCUUUUAUACUAAGGGGCAGUUUCCCGGACAUAGAUUAAGCCUAGUGUCUAGCCUAGAAAUUCUCUAUUAAGCUUCCUUUUUYUCUCCAUUACGCUUGCUUUUCUGUGUCCGGGAAACCAUCCCUAAAAAACCUACGGUAAAAACCUAAGACAGUUAUAUGCAUUUAAAUAAGAAGUGGACUAAAUGUCCAAUAUAAUAUAAAACAGGAGUAUUGGCUCUCUAACUUACUAUUUAUAUGCCACGCACAUUUGUCAUGUUUCUUGAUUGUCCAUGUUUUGAUUGAAGUCAUGAAAAAACUGGACAGAACUUGCUGCUUGUGUUCCUUAAGAUAAUGAGGUGAAUACACUCCAGUUCAUUCUAUUGAGUGAAGCCUUGAUACACUUGUCAGGUACAUGGCCUACACUCUUAGAAAAAAAGAAAAGGUACUAUCUAGAACCUAAAAGAGUUCUUCAGCUGUCCCCAUAUGAGAACCA